UUUAUUUUAUUUAUUUAACACAUUCACUACCGUGUCAGUCGGUGGUAAUUGGCAGAAUGCUUUCGUUAUGUUUAAGUCAGCUACCGGUGACUACAGUGUAUGAUUCAUCGCUGAACAGAAUCGUAGCGUGAUCUUUUGUUGCGCCCUAGCAAGACUGUAUUGCUAAAGCCAUGCAUGUAGGGUGCAUAAUACGAGAUGCCAAAAAGUUUCGGUUGAAAGGUCGUCAGAAAGAUUUCGCCUCCUGAAAUGAAAAUUUCCCGAGUUGAAAUCUCGGAAUGUUUGCACCUCUCUUUUGCCAUCACUGUCACUUGCUAUGUGUUGCCAUGCUGGUUUUCAAUUGAAGACAGAGAUAGUACAAUGUGCAAAGAUAAUAACACAACAACAAGUUGAACCAAGAUGAUUUUGACGUUUAUAUUUCGACUCUCUCCCCUUUUAACCGAAAUCUCUGUGGUAUCUCGCAUCACGACUGCAGUCAAUGCUAAAGUGCCUCCAUACUACCAUAAUAAUCAGAAUCACGUUCGAAUUUUUUGCAAACAAUGCAUUUUUUGCGAAACAUAAACACGGAAUUUUGAAAUUCCGCUGCCAGUUUUAUGUAAAUAAACAAUGGAGUGCGUGGUAGCUCCAAUCAAACUGCGCUAUAAUUUGUGUUAUUGUCGAGAUUUUAUCCAUGUUGUGAUUAUUAUGCAAUUAUACAUACAUAUGGGUUUUUUUUUUUUGUUCAUAAAGAACAGCCAGGCCGUAAUGCUACAUAUAUAUGGGUUAUUUACAUUGUAUUUAUACGGUUACAACAUACAGAACAUACAAAAAGAAUUAGAUGAUUUAAAUCAUCACAAAGAGUUAUUUCAACUUACCUUUGAUUUAACUCACCGUGCCGACUAGCCACUCACUCACUGCGUUUUAACUCGCUCAUGAGUUAAAUAACUCAUUGGUGAUUUAACUCUCCGUGCCGACCAACCACUCACUCACGAGGUUCAAGGACACACACAAAAACAUACAUGCAAAAACACGCAAAGGCUCAAUUCGCGCACACACAUGUGCGAAGGAUCGACGCGUGCAGUCAACCAUUAUGCAAGCACACACUCAUGAGUGAGCGCGUGCUCGAUCGUGCAUGCCCACAUUCGCAUACCUCAAUAUGAACGAAAAAAACUUUCAUGUCAAGUAAGGUUUGCUUCUUGCAAAUCUGCAUGUUUACGGAGGAUAGGAGAAACAAUCUCGAUCAUUUAGCUUUUCGAUAGUGAAAAAACGCCAUCUAUCACUGCAUCACUGAAGCUCUGAAACUUUCUUUUUUAGAAUAUGGAGUUUAUGUCUCUGGGAUAUCGAAAGGGCGCCUCUGGGAUAUAACUAGAGGACGCCAUCUAGUGAUCAAACCACUGAAGCUCUGAAACUUUUAUUAUAUGGACAUUCUGUUUUUCACCAGUUUAAGCUUAAUUUGUGGCGCUUGGGGAGGCCUCAAUCAAUAUCUUCUUUAAAGUUUCAAAUGAAUUAAUACAUCUCUCAUUAAAAUGAAACGUUACAUUAUCCUUCAACAAAUUAGUUAAUGGUUUUGCCAAAACUAAAAAACAGUGUACCAAUCUUCUAUAAAGUGAAAAUAAGACUAAGCAUUGCUGCACCUGUGUGCUAUUUUGUGGUCGUGGAUAAUUAGAUAUAGCCAAUAGAGGUUGUUCACUUGGGAGAACGGAUACGAGAAGAGUUUGCUCGAGCCUAAAUAGUCUAGCUCACUGAACCCGAACUUACACUUAUCCAACCGUAUCCAAAACUAAGUUGUAAACCGUUCUUUUUUAAGGUCUACAAAACUGCUUUAACUUAAUCAAGAUGUUCUUGAAACUCAGUUGAAGCGAUGAUAAUAUAAUUUAUGUAGAUGACAAGGGUUCCUUUCUCGAUAAAAUCUCUUUGGAUGUUGUUAAUGGAACUUUGAAACGCUGCAUGAGCAUUCUUUAAUCCAAAUGGUAAUCGCACAUACUCAUACUGCCCGUCAGGCGUGACAAAUGCAGCAUAUUUUAUAAAAUUUUCGUCAAUUUAGAAUGAAAACCACUCUUUAAAUCCAGAAAUGUGAAAAGCGUUUGUUCCUAAGUGUUCGACGCACGUUUCUAUCAAUGGCAAAGGGCAAUUGUCUGGAAUGGUGAUCUUAUUAAGUGGCCUAUAAUCCACACACUUACGGACUUCUCCAUUUGUGUUUCUGACCAGCACGAGAGCUGAGGCAUAUGGCGAGUUGUUAGUGCGUAUUACCUAUUUUUCUAAUAAAUUGUUAGCAAUAUCCAUAACCUAAUUACGUUCUGCAAAAGAUAGUGGUCGAGGCACUAUAUCUUGCAAAAUAUCGGCAUGUCAUAUACUAAGUUAAUUUUCAUACUGUAAUCAGGCAGAAUUACUUCUUCCAAGGGAAAUUCAUUAUAACUUUCGACCAAUAUAUAGUUCGACCAAUUGAACUAUUAAUUUCACAAUUAAUUGUUCGUUCCUCAAGACUUUUUCUACCUCAAAUCCUUGUAAAUCAUUAGAAACAUCUAUGGCACAUAUUUCGAGGAGCCCAUCUUCAACAGGCUCAGAAUAAGAAAGGGAUAUUUUUUCUUGAUUCAAAGUUACUUUGCUUCCUAGGUCCUUAGAAAUUCCCAAAUCAUUAAUCAGUUGUGUUUCAUUAUAUUUAUAAGACUUAAACAACUCAAGACUGAGGUUUAGUUCAGGCAAAGCGUCUUCAUCGAUGAUAAGAGACCAUGAAAUGCUUUGUUUAGGUAAUAUAAUAAAUUCAACGGUAAUUUUUAGAUUUCUAUGCUCAAUUCUACGCUCAAUUAAUCCCAGAGACAUCAAACUGCUAUUUCCAAGUCCGCAAUAUCCUGAAUACAUCGGUGCUGUUAUAUACCAUUUUGGAACUAAUUCCUCAUUUAUAAAGCUUUUAGGGCUUCCUGAAUCGAAAAGAGACACGACACGUGUAAGUUGCCCAAUUGGUUCAUUCGAAAGCAAAAAGGUUAGUCCUACCUCCUGUUUUGACUGAAUCGGUUGAGCGUACUCUAAUUUCCCGUCUUGCUGAACGGCUGCCGAACCCUCUCGUCGUGAACUGCUCGAACCCGCAUGCAAUGUCCAAAUUUUGUGCUGCAAGCAAGGUCCGAAACACAUCAGAAAGCUUCAGAUGCCGGCUCCGAAACAGAGCCGGAGGCCUUCAUUGCACUGCGUUCUUCCCGCAUAUUACUUUCCACUUCUUGAUGAAUGCGACAGCCCUUCCGAUACAGGAACGAUCUCGACGUGACGCGGAUGUUUUGGCACAGCUGUUAUGGAUAUAAAAGAACAAUUAUUAGAAACCUAGUUGCAAGGAGCAAUUUGCGAUGCAAUCGAAUGUUUUAUUCAGUAUGUUUACCAGGGUAGCGAACAACCAGCCGCUAAUCAAUCAGCGUCUGUCGAAGAAAAGUUGGAUCGAAUUCUGAUUACAUUAAACCACAUGCAGCUAAAGUUGGAUGAAAAUACGAAGAACGUAUCCAAAACGAUGAGUGCAGUGGUCACAAUGAAAUGCCAACUGAAUGAGUGGUGGACUAUGUGAAAGUGCGAGAGUGUGAGCCGAGCGCAAGGCGAAAUUUUUCGAACACCUCAACGGAACGAGCGUUCCGGAAUGGAGAGGGAAGGUAGUAUCAAGGCGGAGUGUGAGGGUAGCAUAUGCUCAGGAAGAAUAUUCGGCAAACACACUACUGGUGGAAGCGUUCAGGCAUGAAGUGGGAUUGCGGAGUGCGAGUAAGUUGCGCGAUCGCUCGAAAGUGUGGGUCAGGGGUAGCGAGAGGCAUCAAAAUGAGUUACUCUCUGUCAUGCGGGAAUGGUUAAGCAAUGGUUAAGCAAAGAUGAUACGCGAUUUCGUGUCGCGGGGUAACAUUGUAUGCAAUGUUGGGGACCUCCGAUCUUGGCGACGCAGCAUACACACUUGACCUCUAAACACACGCAGCAUAAACACUGGACCUCUAAACACUUCAACAUAAACAAUAUCACAAAUCAGAUGUAUAGUUACGCACAAUAAGACUCCGCCAAGUCGCCACGCGCGCACUUUCCGACGCGCAUGUCAACAGCGAGCUGGCAAUCGGACCCGACACGUGGACACGCGCUUCCGCUCCUCGACAGCCGCAACCAGCGAACCAGCCAGGUCAGCGGAACGCCAAAGCGGGUCAUUUGCAAAUAUUUCAGCCGAUGUUAGUCAGUUACGAUUCAGAGAUCAAGGAAUAAAGUAAGCUUUUUGUAAAAAGUACUCCCACUGUGUCGUUUCUAUAACUGGCGCAGCCGUACGGAGUCAGCUGAGUGAAAGACUGUGAUAACAGUGGAAAAAUAACGGACAAACAAAAUCGUUGUUAAAGUGUUCCCGCAUAAAACAGUUUGUGUAACGCAACCUGAGCAUUCGCGACAAGCAGACGUCUUCGUCGUCGUGGAAUUGAGGAACCCCCUGCAGACUUCACCUGGAGAACCAGCAUCGUCAGCCCGGCUUACGCUACACGACAGCAAAACAAAUCGUAAGUAUUUUUUUCUUUUUUUUGCGUUUACGAAAAAUCGUAAAUCGAAAGCGCACUACCAGAUAGACGCUUCGAUUGGAGACGCGUACUACCAGAAUGACGCGUAUUCAGCAGUAAAAGUGUUAAAAUUAUUUGCGUCCUCAAAUAUUUAGGUAGGGAAGUGACAAGUGUUGUGAACUCCAAACAAUCACGUUCCGCACUACCAGAUAGACGGAGGUGAUUAGCUUAAAGCCACUACCAGAUAGAGCUUUAGGUAUCAAUCAAUAACUAAUGCCAAACUUCAAAGACAAGGUGUUUAAGAAGGCACAAUAAUUGCUUCAGGAAAAAGGUUUCAAUUCUGAAACUGGUUCAGAAUCAGAAGAAAGUGCAGUGUCUGGAGAAUAUUCCCACGUACCUAUAGAAAAUUUGGAUCUGUCUUUUGAUAACCUUGAUCUCACAAUGAAUUCUCAAGCUCAAUCUAUCCUAACGGAGAAUUUGAGUGACCAGAUGGCUAGUAUGAUACAAGUUAUGGAGAAUAUUAGUGCAAGGUUAACGCAACAUGAUUUACAAUUCCAAAGUAUCUGCGAAAAGCAGCGAGUAACUACUCACCCAAAUGAACCUAUCAUUCGGGGAGUGCCAAUGGCAGGUGAUCCGUUCCGUAUCCCUGACCCAAUUAAAAUGUUGCCCACUUUUAAUGCCAAUAAGAGACAACUGUAUAGUUGGCUUGAAACAGCACAAAAAACGCUAUAUUUAUUCGGAAACCUAGUGGCACCCAAUAUUUUUGAAAUCUACGUGACUGCUGUUAUAAACAAAAUUGAGGGGCAUGCUAAGAAUAUACUAUGCACAAAUGGGAGCCCCAAAACAUUCGAUGAUGUAAAGAAAAUACUAACAGGGGCUCUUGGUGAUAAACAAGAGCUUUCUACCUAUAACUGCCAACUAUGGCAUAACAAAAUGGAUAAUGGCAAUGCGCAUAAGCAUUACCAGAAAACAAAAGAAAUCGUUUACAACAUAAAAUCAUUAGCAAAGCAAAAUCCAAAGUAUGAUCAACACUGGGAUGUCAUAAAUCAUUUUAUAGACAAAUACACCCUAGCAGCAUACGUUAGCGGGCUGCAAAAACUAUAUUUUGGGUACGUACAAGCUGCAGAACCCAAAACAAUAGAAAAUGUGUACGCAUUCAUAUGCAAGUUUUCCUCAAAUGAGUUAAGUAAGAAUCUCACUAAAGAUAACAAACAAUACUCUCGAGCAUCGAGUAGCCUUCGAACUGCAGUGUCUGAAAACAACAAAGGUCUACCCGAAAAAAAAAUCUAUAAUGCAAAAAAUGUACAACCCCUGCGACAGGAUUACAAACUUCAAAAACUAACUAACACAGAUCCGCCUACCGAACCUAUAGAAAUAGGGUCAUCUAAGAGCAGAUUUACUUUAAACAAGAAGCAAAUUUUUAAUGCAGAAAUAACACAGCCUUCUGAUAAUGACGAUUCCGAGACUGAGGAGGGAUUGGACAUAAAUUUUUGCUUAACUCGCCCAGAACUCGAAAAUACAUAAAUUAUUUACCUUACAUUACAUCAAGUAAUCAAUCAAACAAAAGUUUGAAAAUUUUGAUUGAUUCCGGUGCAAAUAAAAAUAUAAUACGACCAGGAAUACUAUCAAAUGUUAAAACAAUAACUGGCACUAAAAUAAACAACAUUGCUGGAUGCCAAUACGUUAAUAAGAAAGGAAGAAUCAACUUACUAGGCGAUAAGCUUCCAAACCAAAUAUUUUAUGAAAUGCAGUUUCACGAUUUUUUUGACACACUGAUUGGAUCAGAAUGCAUGGCUAAGAACAAAGCCAAAAUAAACUUCGAAGACGAAACAUUUGAAAUCGGAAACAUAAAAUUGAAAUACGAAAAAUAUUUUCCUACACAAAAAUUAUAUUCGCACCAUAUAGAAAUGGAAACGACAGUUAAUGGUGACUGGUUAGUACCAACAUUUCAAAAACUUUGUAACGGAGUUGUGAUUGAGCCUGGCUUAUAUAGAGCCGAUAAUAACAAAACAAUCACCAAAAUAUUAAGCACACAAAACGUUCUACCUAUUAUUAAAGGAAAAUUGAACUUAACAGUAAACAAUUUCGAAACGGUUUCUCCCAUUCCAUUGCAAAGAGAAUGUGGAAUUACAAAAAAAAAUCUGAAUGAAAUAAUACGUACCGACCAUUUAUCAUUAUUAGAAAAAGAUAAAUUGUUUGAAACAAUUAUGGCUAAUCAAAAAGUUUUAUUAAGAGCUGAAGAGAAACUUACAGCAACAUCGGUGGUAAAACAUAAAAUUUUAACCACUGAUGAUAAUCCAGUCUACACCAAGUCAUAUCGAUAUACACACGCUUAUAAAUAUGAUGUAGAAGAGCAAAUCAAGGAAUUACUCGAUAACGGAAUCAUUCAACAUUCAAUUAGCCCUUACUCAUCACCAGUUUGGGUUGUUCCAAAAAAACAAGAUGCGUCCGGAAAACGUAAGGUACGCGUUGUUAUUGACUAUCGUAAGAUCAAUGACAAAACGAUAGAUGAUAAAUUCCCCAUACCUCAAAUAGAGGAAAUUCUAGAUAACCUUGGAAAAUCGGUUUAUUUUACCACCCUUGAUUUGAAAUCAGGAUUUCACCAAAUCGAAAUGGAUCCUGAUCACCAAAAAAAGACAGCUUUUUCAACGGCUCUAGGACAUUUCGAAUUCACAAGAAUGCCUUUUGGCCUGAAAAACGCUCCGGCAACAUUCCAAAGGGUUAUGAAUAAUAUUUUAACAAAUUUUAUCGGAUCGAUUUGCUAUGUGUAUUUGGAUGAUGUUAUCAUAAUCGGGAAGAAUCUAGAAGAUCAUCUAGACAAUGUUUCAAAAAUACUUAAAAGAUUAAGUGAUUUUAACCUAAAAAUUCAAUUAGAUAAGUGUGAAUUUCUUCGCCGAGAAACAGAAUUCUUAGGGCAUGUCAUCACUUCAGACGGCAUUAAACCCGAUCCAGGCAAGAUUAGAAAGAUUAAAGAUUGGAAGCUUCCACGAAGUCAAAAAGAAAUAAAACAAUUUCUAGGACUCGUUGGUUAUUACCGACGAUUUAUCAAAGACUACUCAAGAAUUACAAAACCUCUUACCAAAUACUUACAAAAAGAUAAAGAAAUAAUUGUAAGUGACAAAGAAUAUGAAGAGGCAUUUGAAGGAUUGAAAAAUAUUUUAGUCUCGGAUCAAAUCCUAUCUUACCCUGACUUUCAACAUCCUUUUAUAUUAACAACGGAUGCCAGCAAUUACGCUCUUGGUGCCGUUUUAUCACAAGAAAUUGAUAAAAUCGAGAAACCCAUUGCUUUUGCUAGCCGUACCCUCAACAAGACCGAGUUGAAUAAUUCCACAACAGAAAAAGAUGCUUUAGCCAUCAUGUGGGCAGUAAACAAAUUCAAACCCUACCUUUAUGGUAACAAAUUCACUUUAGUUACUGACCAUAAACCCCUAGUUUUCAUAAAAAAUUCAAACAAGAAUGCUAAAUUGCUUCGAUGGCGUUUAGAUUUGGAAAAUUAUGACUACGACGUUGUAUAUAAAACAGGAAAGACCAACGGCUGAUGCGCUCAGUAGAAAAGUCGAAAUAAACGCUAACGAAAUAGAAAAUAGCGUUACGAUCGAUGAAGUAUCGCUGGAAAAUAAUUCCAGUUCUGCUGACACAAUACAUUCAGCCAGAACAUCCGAUGAUUAUUAUUUACAUUUAACAGAAAGAGCCAUCAAUACUUACAGAAAUCAAAUUAUUUUCAAAAUUACAAAUUCAGAAUCCGUUGUCAAAGAGCAAAUUUUCCCAGGUUACACGAGGACUACUAUUUGUUCAACAUCGUUCAAUACUAGCAAAAUUACAAAUUUUUUGAAAGAUAAUUCAAAUGGAAAACAGAAUGCUUUGCUAGCCCCUGAAUGUCUACUGAAUGUAAUCCAACAUUCAUACAGAAAAAGCUUCUGCAAUUCAAACUGCCAUUUCGUUAUUACGCAAAAUAUGGUUGAAGACGUGACAUCAGAGACAAGGCAAGACAAUAUUAUACGAAAAGAGCACGAAAGAGCACAUAGAGGUAUGACAGAAGUUGAAAGACAACUUAAACGCUUUUACUUUUUCUCAAACAUGAUUAAAAGAAUUAAACAGCUAAUUAAUUCAUGUACAAUUUGUACUCAACAUAAAUACGAGCGAAAACCAUAUAAUAUAAAAAUUUCCUCACGCCCAGUAGAAAACGGUCCGUUUCAUAGAGUCCACAUGGAUAUUUUUGGCAUGGAUAAACAUUAUUAUCUUUCCUUAAUUUGUGCAUUCUCAAAGCACCUUCAGCUUAUAGAAAUCAAAUCCAGAAACACGACGGAUAUUCGCAAUGCCCUUUCACAGUAUUGCAGAACUUUCAGAUCACCCAGAAAAAUUAUUUGCGACCAUGAAGCCGCUUUCACUAGCAUUCAAUUUCAAGAAUUUCUAUCUAACUUUGGUACCGUAAUCGAAUUCGCCUCGUCGUCAGAGUCGAAUGGUCAAAUAGAAAAAACUCACAGUACUAUUAUAGAACUUUUUAAUACAAACAAACAUAAAUUUAACGACAGUCCAUCGUCAGAGAUAGUGCAAAUAGUGAACUCUUUAUACAAUGAUACAGUGCAUACAGUCACUACUUUCACUCCAAACGAAAUCAUUUUCAACCCAGGUUAUACGACGAAUCCUGCAGAAAUGACUGAAACUGCGAAUAAAUUUUUUCAAGAAGUCACAAAAAGGCUUCAAGAAGCUGCUAAAGGAAUGGAAAAAAAUAACAAAACAAAAGAAAAUCCUCCUGUUGUAAAUGAAGGAGAGGAUGUGUAUAUUAAGAAAAAUACAAGAAAAAAAACUAGACCCACGCUUUUCAAAAGCAAAAUGUUUGUAAAAUCAAGAAAAAACUAUCAAAAUUGCCCCGAGAAAAGUAAAACGUAGCAAAAAUAAAAUUCGACGCAUAAGACAUUAAUUAUACAUGAAACUAAUAUUAUUUUAUCUUUACAGGAACAAAAAAAGGAUUGGGACCUAACACUGAAGGCAUACCAGUACCAUAACUAUCUUUUUUCUCUUUCAGCAUUCUUCCCAAGAAGGCAAUAGUCCGGACGAUAAGGAGUCUUAUUUUUAUGAAAACAAAUCAGUUUAAUAUCGUGAAACAUAACCGUUACAACGUAAAAAAAGUCGGAAAAAGGAAACACCGCAUUCGGAAUGAGUCCCGUAGCCAUCGUAGUGCAGAUGAUACCGUGGGAAGUUCGAACGCGUGAGGGCACGCUUUUUCACCCCCCGGAGGAGUUACGCACAAUAAGACACCGUCAAGUCGCCACGCACGCACUUUCCGACGCGCAUGUCAACAGCGAGCUGGCAACCGGACCCGACACGUGGACACGCGCUUCCGCUCCACGACAGCCGCAACCGGCGAACCAGCCAGGUCAGCGGAACGCCAAAGCGGGUCAUUUGCAAAUAUUCCAGCCGAUUUUAGUCAGUUACGAUUCAGAGAUCAGGGAAUAAAGUAAGCUUUUUGUAAAAAGUACUCCCACUGUGUCGUUUUUAUAUAUCUAAUUCGCAAGAGGACAAUUUCAUAAACAAAUCAGAUGAUAAACAAAACAGACAAAGACCAUUUUAAAUUUACAAUACUUAAUUCCAUAAUCGUAACUCGUCCAAGUGAUCUUCUGGAGUUGGUUAACAGCGAGGCGAGGGUUAUGUUACUUUAUUGCACUAAAAGCGAGGCAAUAGAAAUUCUACACGCCGCAGAAGAGUUACAAAUAACAGGUGAAAAUUAUGUCUGGGUCGUCACUCAAAGUGUCAUCGAAAAUACCCAAACGCAUCCUCAAUUCCCUGUGGGAAUGUUAGGUGUUCAUUUUGACACGUCGUCUGGGGCUCUGGUAAAUGAAAUAGCGACUGCUAUUCGUGUGUAUGCAUACGGUGUUGAGUAUUAUUUAAAUGAUGUCAAAAAUACUGGACGACGGCUGGACACUCAUCAACUGUCUUGUGAAGAUCAAGGUCGAGGUCGGUGGGACAGUGGUGAAGUAUUUUUCAAGUAUCUUCGUAAUGUUUCACUAGAGGGUGAAUCAAAUAAACCCAAUAUCGAAUUUACUGCUGACGGUGAUUUGAAGUCUGCAGAAUUGAAAAUCAUGAACUUACGACCAAGUGUUAACAGCAAGGGGCUAGUGUGGGAAGAAAUCGGUGUUUGGAAAUCUUGGCAACAGCAAAAAUUAGAUAUACGUGACAUCGCAUGGCCCGGAAACUCGCAUACACCUCCACAAGGUGUUCCAGAAAAAUUUCACCUUAAAAUAACGUUUUUGGAAGAGGCCCCGUAUAUCAAUCUAUCUCCAGCCGAUCCUGUCAGUGGUAAGUGCCUGAUGGACCGAGGAGUCCUAUGUAGGGUGGCGGCAGAUCAUGAGAUGACUGACAUCGAUAUGGGUCAAGCACAUAAAAAUGGCUCUUUCUACCAGUGUUGUAGUGGAUUUUGUAUAGAUCUGUUGGAGAAAUUUGCAGAAGAGCUAGGGUUUACCUACGAGUUAGUACGCGUUGAGGAUGGCAAAUGGGGAACAUUAGAAAACGGUAAGUGGAACGGUUUGAUACAUGAAUUGGUCAAUCGAAAAACGGAUAUGGUACUAACCUCAUUAAUGAUAAAUGCUGAACGUGAAGCAGUUGUCGACUUCAGUGAACCAUUUAUGGAAACAGGAAUUGCUAUUGUAGUAGCUAAACGAACUGGAAUAAUAUCUCCUACGGCUUUUUUAGAGCCUUUUGAUACAGCUUCAUGGAUGCUAGUGGGAAUUUUUGCCAUACAGGCUGCUACUUUCAUGAUAUUUCUAUUCGAGUGGUUGUCACCAAGCGGCUAUGAUAUGAAAACAGUGUUACAAAACGGUCAAUCGACUCCGUACCGCUUUUCUUUGUUUCGUACUUAUUGGUUAGUGUGGGCUGUCCUUUUUCAAGCUGCUGUUCAUGUUGAUUCACCACGUGGUUUCACUUCACGCUUCAUGACAAAUGUUUGGGCCAUGUUUGCAGUUGUGUUUCUCGCUAUAUAUACUGCAAAUUUGGCAGCUUUCAUGAUUACACGAGAAGAAUUUCAUGAAUUCACGGGGUUGGACGACUCACGUUUGUCACACCCAUUCUCCCAUAAACCAACAAUUAAGUUUGGUACCAUUCCCUGGAGUCACACUGACUCAACAAUAUCAAAAUACUUUAAAGAAAUGCAUUAUUACAUGAAACAAUACAAUCGAUCUAGUGUAGCUGACGGCGUUACUGCUGUGCUCAGCGGUCAUCUUGAUGCGUUUAUUUAUGAUGGUACAGUUUUGGAUUACCUAGUACAACAAGACGAGGAUUGCAGAUUACUCACUGUUGGUCAAUGGUAUGCUAUGACCGGCUAUGGUUUAGCCUUUAGUCGAAAUUCUAAAUAUGUAGGUAUGUUUAACAAAAGACUAUUAGAGUUUCGUGCAAACGGCGAUCUCGAACGACUUCGCCGUUUCUGGAUGACUGGCACAUGUCGUCCAGGGAAACAAGAACACAAGUCGUCAGAUCCACUUGCACUUGAGCAGUUUCUCUCUGCAUUUUUAUUACUGAUGGCUGGUAUUUUGCUUGCUGCAUUGCUGCUACUAUUGGAACAUCUUUAUUUCAAGUAUUUUCGAAAACGAUUGGCUAAAAAAGAUCGUGGAGGUUGUUGUGCUUUAAUUUCGCUUAGUAUGGGCAAAUCGCUCACGUUUCGAGGAGCUGUAUAUGAGGCUACCGAAAUACUACGACGUCAUAGGUGUAAUGACCCAAUUUGCGAUACACAUCUUUGGAAAGUAAAGCAUGAGCUUGAUAUGAGCCGGUUGCGCAAUCAACACCUUGAGAAAACGAUGCAAGCGCAUGGUAUUAAACCUCCUCAGCUAAAAAUGGGAUCGACAAGCGAUAUAAUUGGCAUAACGGGAUCGGGAAGCGCUCGCAGUCAGAUGGUUGAUGUUUGCCAACAAUCACAUCUUUUUGGCAAUUUAAACUUGGGAGAAAGUGCACAAGAUCUUUAUCGUUGGUCAUAUAAAACAGAAAUUGCCGAAAUGGAAACGGUUUUGUAAACAUUGUAUUAAUUUUUUUUUUAUAAAACUAACAUGAUUGACAUUUUGGCAUUGUAAAGUGUUCAUAAAUGUUUAGUUUUACAUGAUGUCAUGUACAUGUUCGUUUAACACUUUGUUGACGGGUGAUUUUGACCCAGCACGUGUUGGUAUCACCACAUACGAUUGUUGUCUUAAAUGCUGGAGAGUUUAGCGUGUCCCGCCGCACGAUGUCAUUCGUUACCUGAAAACUUCACAGCGAUUUAUAAAUAUUACGUUUCGAUACUUGGGUUUUCUUCGCAAUGUUAUACUUAAUGUUACACUAUACGAUACUUGAAUUUUCUUCCAGCUUGGCUCACCAAUACAUAUAAAAAAUCGUGUACGAAUGCGCUUGAAUGGAAAAUAUUCGUAUCAUUUUAUUACGAAUUUUCUUUAUUAUUUUGUUAUUUUUAAUACAAUAUAGGAAUACUAUUUCUAAGUUUUGAAAAAAUAUGGGAAAUAUUUUUUUGUUGAAUUUUUUUAAUGAUAUUUGAAGAAAUAAAAGCAUGCAAUGGCACAUCGCACGCUUCAAAAAUAUUUCUUGUUUCUUUACGCAAAAAGAAAAAAAGCGCUUUACCUUGUAGGCUGAGCUUAUUAGAGUCACCCGCACAAAUCCAUUUUGUUGCUAAUUCGGUAUAAAUUUUCUAUACGGCAUUUUCUUGAUUCAUUCACGCUGUGAACGAUUAACUACGUAAAUGUUGAAUAAGGCAUUGAAUAAGGUUUUUUAAUAAAAAUGUAGCUGUUGGCCAAGUACUGGUCGUUACGAUCCAAUCACGACAUAUUCUUGUUGUAAUCUAACACACAUUUUGAUUUGACAUUCGCCGAAGUAAUAAUUCUCUUUUUAUUGUUUGUAAAGCUCACCGAUACACCAUGAAUAGGUGAUAUCUUGUGAACUAAUCGUUUGUCGUUCCACGCUAGUGGCAGAAUGGCCAUUUCUUUGCCAUUCAGAAUUGCCUUUUCUUACAAAUGCAAUUUCCCCUUUCUAGUUGUUAUUGACUCGUCUUUUAUUAUUUUUGGCAAUCCAACAUUUUCUCUUUUGUGUUCUUGGUGAUCCUUGUUUAUUACUUUUUUAACAUAUAUCACAAUAUUUAACAAACAAUACUUUAAAAAAGCCUGACAGGACAAUGCGCGCGAGCCACGUCCGUCCCGGAUGUCGUGUGGAAAACGAGAGUCCUUAGGAUCUGCACGAUCCUUAUCAUCCGACUACGUUCUCGAACCACGCAACCACGAACGCCGAUUUCGAGAGAGACAACCAUAUCCGCUACACAUCGGAUGCUGUCAGUUCCCAGACAACACUGAGUGUGCGGAUAGCCCGCUUUCUCGCCAGGCCACAACAUUCUCAAAUUGUUCCACAAACAUAAGUUUUAUUUUUAUACAGAAAUUAAUAUAAUUGAUAAAACAAUUAUAUUGACAAACAUGGUACCAAUGACCGCAGUACGGCUACAUUACAUCAGUUAUGGUACCAAUCUUUUUUUUUCCCGGAACCGGAGUAAAUUUCAAGUUUAAAAAUGUUUAGAAUAUAACCAUUGUUGCUCUCACCAAGCAUUUUUAUCAAAAUCACAUACUUUGUUAUUAUGACUGGAUUGUAUGUUUUAAAGCAAAGUCUUUCUCUCCAAGGUACAAUAACUUCAUCCAACAAUAAUUGUUGUUUUGAUGUAUUGACUGACUGAUGGGGGACUGAUCCAAAGUUUUGAAGUUUAUUUGCAAUUUGAAAAAACCGAAGUAUCAGCUCGUAUCUAUUUCGGGUCAUGGGUUUUGAAAAUGUUGCUGUUUCAUUCAAUGUAUUUGUCUUUUCCGUUCAAACCUCAACAAAUUUAUUUUAUUUUUAUUUAUUAAUUAAAGAUGACCGACUGAUGCAGUAUUGUCACCACCGCAUGUGGUGACUGUGAAUUCAUUCACGCAAAAAACAACUAAACAAAAUUAACUAGGCAUUUCCUCCUAGUCAUUUGCCAUAUCCUGGGGUUGCUCGGUUUUGCAGUGAAGAUGGGUGGUUAUAGUCCAUUUCUAUUGUUUGUGUGUGUGUGUGUGUUGUAGGUUUUUUGGUCCGGUUCUAUUGUUGUGGCUACGGCUUCGCUGCGGGUUGGUUUUUUUCCGGUUGUCUAUUGCGAGGCUGGACUGAAACAAACAAGAACAGUUAUUUGGACAAACAUGAAUUUUUCUGCGUGCUAUGCCCUCCAAGUUGCCCAGCCAUGAAACAGCCUAUGAUCGACCAAGUCCAGCGAGCCCGCUGUACCAAAGCUGGACUGACUUGGAGCACACUACUAAAGACAAAAAAAGCCUGCCUCCUUUUUACGGCAGUAUGAAUAUUGCCCUCAACUGCUCCGUCAACGGAUCGCACGUUACACAACAUAAAAUACUUAAGACAAAGACAACACAACAUAUAACAAAAGGAAUGACGGAUAUGGAUUGGAAGGAUAAUGAGGAUGCGGAAUCAAAGGAUAAGACCGUUUUCUCUGGCGAAU